UCCUGACACACAAACAACAUCAAACUCUGUGGAUUUAUACUGAGGAGAUAUCUCCAGGAAAUUUAAGGUAAACAGACACCUUAUCUGUACAUCAACACAUCAAAAUGGUUCCACGCAGUUUGUUGCAUCCACUGUCCUCAGUCUGCUUUAAAGAUAAAAUCCAAUUCUCUGCAAGUCAGCAUCUCUCUUAUGCAAGAAGUAAUUGCUUCAGGCUCCCAGAGAUUGAGUGCCACAGCGACGUGUGGAGCAUCAAGCCACCUGAUUUCUCUCUCAGACUGUACCGAUCUCUGUCUGUUCCUCAAAAGAAAGAAAGAAAGACACAUUCAAAUCUAUCUUUACCUGAACUUAGUGAAAGAAAAAGGAGAGCUGGAAUAUUUCUACCAAAUGUUUUACAUGAGAGUUUUCAGAAGAAAGACCCUCCAAAGUUCAUCACAUUGCACAGGCCUCCUGAUGCUCUGGAGUCUGAGCUGAUGUUUGUGAAGACUGGGAAGUUCCCUUCUGGGCCAUACAAGAACCCCAGACCACAUAACUUCAGACCGCUCGAUGAGGACCUUCCAGACAUAGUUACCACAUAUGAGAGAGAUCCUGGAAACCUGAAUUUAAAAUUAAAGCACUUGGACGUUAUUCGGACCACUAGAUCUGAGCCAGACUUUAGUUCGAGGGACACUAAGACAAAGAUGGACACCUAUAAACCUGCAGAGCCCACGUGGGAUGUGAGGCUCAUACUCCCUCAGCCGCCCUGGCCUCCAAAAUCAGCUUCCUUUACUAGACACAGACGAAGAAGAGGAGCCUACAGCGCAUUCUUGGACCGCGUGGAGGAGAAACUGUCAAGAUCGUGGAAAAAUAGAUCAUGAUUUCCUUUUUUUAAAAAUUAUUUUUACAUGUGCAUGACCUUCUUUAAACUGUACAUAAGCAUGACAUGUAAUUAACAGACUAACUAACAGACAAUGGGGAUGUAAAAAAAUAAACUUGACAAGUUUUGGUAGUUGUGAUUAGAGAACACAGAAAAAAACAAAGCUUUUGGAACAAUGUAAGACAAAUAUACAACUUUUUUCAGAUUAAUAAUGCAUGUUUUUUACUACAAUUCAGAUACACCUAAUAUCAAAGCACACAUAACAGCCACUUCCCAAAGCACAUUGUGUUUUUGUAAUGUGUUGUUUCCAUCUUCCAUGUAUCUAUACGUUUAGUAUUGGUUUUAAUACAGUUUUAAACAUAAACAUAAUCUCUACUGUUAAACUUAUAGUAUAUUAAUGUUGAUUUGUAAUACAGCUGAGAGUACAAAAUUAACUAAAAAGGACUGAAUACAAAGGACACAUUCAGAGAUUCUUGUAGCUUUGGGUGUAUGGCAGGGGACAUGUAGUGACUGUGGGGUCAUGGAAGUCAUCGCACCACAUUAGAAAGCCCACUGGUCCACUGACAGCUGCUCAUACGGUACCUCAAGAAUCCUAAACAUCUGAAGCCUGCACAUGUUCGAAGCAUAUCCGAAAUAGCUGCAUAUAUGUGUUCAACGAGUCAUCUGUGCAUAACUCGCUGACUAAAUAUAAAAUGAAACGAAUAUCAGUCACUGCAAUAAACCACUUGACCCACAGGCUGCCAUGUGUUUUUCUUAUUUUAAUCUGCUA